GUAGAAGAAAUCCUUCGAACAAUCGGCCUAUGGAACCACAGAGAAACCAUGUCACAAAAUCUCUCAGGGGGACAGUCUAAACGCCUUUCAGUCGCAUUGGAAUUAGUGAACAAUCCUCCCAUCAUAUUUUUGGAUGAACCAACAACGGGUCUUGACGUAGUGUCCAUCCGUCAACUCGUCGUUUUACUUCGCCUACUCUCGCGACAAGGAAGAACAAUAAUAUGCACUAUACACCAGCCAUCCGCCUCUUUGUUUAGUCUCUUUGACCGCGUGUACGUAUUGGCUAGAGGACUUUGUUGUUAUCAGGGUGCUGCACCUUUAUUAGUGCCAUUUUUAGCAGAAAUAGGCCACGUAUGUCCAAAAACUCACAAUCCUGCAGACUUCGUACUAGAAACCCUCCAUGGUAAUACUGAAGCAAGUGCCCAAAUGUCUGAACUAUGUCAAAAUGGAAAACUUUGUAGAAAACUUGAUCGAAUGACACUAAAAGGCGGACGGAAGCCAGUUUUACAUUCGGACGACUCAAUCCAGAGGAUAUUUGUGGAGCAUGUAGCGAAAGAACAGUUACAAAAAAUGGAGUUCCCUACAACAUUCUUGACGCAAUUUAUCAUCCUAAUUAAAAGAAUGUUCUUACAGAUGAGACGAAACAAACUAAGUUUAUGGAUUCAGCUGUUACAUCAUGUGAGUGCAGCAGUUCUUUUAGGAGGCAUAUUCUUUCUUAUUGGAAAUGACGGGAAUGUACCUAUUGUCAACUUUAAAUUCUGCCUCAGUUGCGUUGUGUUCUUUAUGUACACUUACGUCAUGAUUCCUGUUCUACUAUUCCCAAUGGAAAUUCGUAUGCUAAGGCGAGAAUAUUUCAAUCGCUGGUACAGUUUAAAGGCGUAUUAUGCAGCCCUCACACUAUCGUCGAUGCCCUUGAUGAUGUGUCUCGGAACAUUAUUUAUAAUUAUCUGCUAUUUAAUGUCUGGACAACUACUAGAAAUGGACAGAUUCAUUCUAUUCGCAAUUAGUGGAUUAUUAACGGCAAUAUGCUCGGAAGGACUCGGACUACUUGUCGGCACUACAUUCAAUGUUACUAAUGGUUCCAUCGUCGGUCCAGCAACGGUUGCGCCGUUACUCGCUCUUUGCUGCUACGGAGUAGGCUUUGGCCCAUUCAUCGAAGCCAUAAUGCGGUUUUUAAUGUCAAUAUCAUAUCUACGCUACGGCUUAACUGGUUUCUGCCUAGCGUUAUACGAUAAACGUCCUCUAAUGGAAUGCAACACCGAUUUCUGCUUAUAUGCAGAUACUAAUCUACUAUUAAGGGAUGUAGGAAUGGCUAAUGAAAAAUAUGGAAUACAAAUCGUCGGUCUAAUAAUUUUUACAAUGUUACAUAGAGGUGCUGCUUACUUCGCACUGAGGUACCGUUUGACCACAGAAUUUACUAACAAAUUCAUGACUUAUAUUAGCAAAUUUCUAAAACACAGA